GGAAAAUACCCCUGCUCCCUCCACGUAUUGGCGUUUCGGCUGCAGAUAGUAUCUUCCGUGCGUAAUAACUUCCACAGUGUGAGGGAACCUUGUCGGCACGGCGUGAGUGUGUCCACCUUUAAUCAGCGUUCCGGCAGGAGAGAGGCUUCCCACCCCUGUGCAUGGGUUGGUGUGCCGCUGCUGCCGCUCGGCAAUGGUUUGCUCUCUCCGCAGCUCAGCCAGCAGUGCAUCAGAUUGUUUGGGAAGUCUCAGGGGCUGCCGAGUACCUGGAUAAAGUUCUUGGAAAGGCGUCAUUGCGAGAAGACUGACAGUGCACACAAGAAUCACAGCUACAGCCAGUCACCGAUUCGUUUCCUGCUUGAGUGCCAUAAAACAUUUUCAGAAAUGGAAGGAGAUAAAGGCCAGAGUGCUAAAGCUACCAGUGCAGUGGGUGACCUGAGGAAAAGUUGGCAGACCUGGGCAGAGGAUCACAUUGAGUAUCAGAGGAAGAAUCCGUUCAGCAGCGACGGCAGGCUUGCGUCUAAACCUGCACAUUCUCACAGAGGAGACCCUGCCUAUGGGAGACCCCCUGAAGGGUCUCGGACAGAGCAGAGAGGGAAAGAUGCUCACUCACACGUGGGGAAGGAAGUAGAAGAGCUGUGCUUGAUCAUCAGAAGAACUGGAGAGGUGGGAGAAGAUGGACACGUGAGUGUGACAUUCGGGCAGCUGUUUGAAACAUAUGUGACUAUUUCCAAUAAAGUAGUGGGAAUAUUGUUAAGAGCCAGAAAACACGGUCUGGUUCAUUUUGAAGGUGAAAUGCUUUGGCAAGGAAAAGAUGAUGAUGUGGUCAUCACCUUACUACAGUAAGGCUUUGUCCUGGAAUGAACUUUGCUGCAUGGUUCCAUUUAGAAAAAUGCAUCUAGAUACCAUCUUCACAGGUUUUGGUUACAGAAUUUCAGCUCAGCUACCUACUGGGACACAAGCAGGAGAGGAAAUGGGCGAGAAGGAUAAAGCAUGUUUUUGUAAAAACAGUAGAGAUUUGGACAGAAAUCGCAGAUUAUGAGCUACUCCAUCACACUGACUUUGGAUGUCCUUACCAUCUACUACUACCAAGUAUAUGAGUGCUCUUCAAAUAACUCUGCUGGCCUACUGCUUUUAGGUUACUGAAAGUAUAAAUUACAAACUUGCUAUCCUACAACACUAAUUCCUGCAGGUUGUGAAAUACUGACUGCAUGGGAGAAUGGAUUUGUAAAAUGUGGAAUUGAAAACUCUUGUGGGAAUUCAUACACUUCUUCAAAGCAAAAGUUUAGGUUCAAUCUCACAUGGUUAAACUGAAUAAAUGGAAGUUAUUUUCAUGAAGGAGAUGGAAAUUCACAAACUUGCAAAAAUACCACAGCAAGGAUACUUGAUGGUUCCUAAAUUAGUCGCAUGUUGCUUGGAUUUUGGGCAGUUGCAUUAGUUCUGGUAUUUAAUAGUCUAAUCUUACAGUUAUGUCUUCUCCACACCUUCUGUGUCUCUUGCUCUUUUUGUUUCCUAUCUCACACCAUUUUUACUUUUUCUGUUCUUCUAAUGCUUGAGAAGAAGUCCACAAAGCUCUGAAGCCUUUUUGGGCGAAUUCAGCAAUACCCCUUCAUAGAAGGUAGAGUACCACUGUGUAAAGAUGCAAAAGUCAACAGAAACUCUGUAUUGGAGCACCUGCACUUUCCUAAAGAAAUAAAAGGCUUUUCUUUCAUCAAAAUAUAGCAAUGU